AUGAAGAAGGUUGCGUUUGUCAUCACUGCUCUGAAGCCGGUCGUCUCUGAACUUUCAAUAGACAAGGACAAAAAGACUGAACGCGAGAAGCAACAGAAGGAAUUGGACUCCUGGGUUGAAAAAGAUUUACUCUACAAGUCAGCAAAGGAAAUUUGGGAGGCGCUGCAAAAGAAAUAUGAUACAGAAGAGGCGAGGACUAAAAAAUACGUUGUCAGUCGCUACCUGAAGUAUCAAAUGGCGGACGAUAAAUCUGUGGAGGCCCAAUCUCACGAAAUUCAGAAAAUUGCGCUUGAGAUUAUCUCAGAAGGUAUGACCCUUGAUGAACAGUUUCAAGUUGCUAUUUUAAUUGACAAAUUACCUCCAACCUGGAAAGAUUUUAAAAAUGUUCUCAGGCAUAAGACUAAGGAAUUUUCCUUAGAGAGUUUGAUCACUCGCCCUUGUAUCAAGGAGGAAUCAAGGAAACAAGACCAGAAAGAAGAGGUGCUUGUUGUCUCUAACAGUAACCCCAAGAAGUCUACACCUGCUGUUCUGAAGCCUAAUGGCAAAAAUUUUAAGAAUCAGAACCGCAACUCGAAUUCAAAUUCCAACCGCAACAACCUGAAUACUCCUCGAAACAACAAUCAAAGUCGGAACCAUAACAGGAACCAACCUGGAAGGCAGCAACCUCCACCUAAAUAG